CCUAUAUCACUACUACCACUUCCAUAACUAGAUGCUGUCCGCUAAACGUACUCUUUCCCUUAUAGAAAAACGUAUAUUCUCACACGGCUACCAUCGUCAACAAAUAAUCCGACCAAUGUCCAUUUCUACUGCCAACCCCCAUACCAACAUCGCGGAAGAAUCAUUACCAAAACCGACAGGGCUGGUCAUGCAAAUUAUCGUUAGACGAGAUCUUUUGACCGAACAUAAAUGGCCUGUAGGACCUCUUUUAGCUCAAUCGGCACAUGCUGCAACAGCCGUCCUGCAUCGAUUUCGGGAUCAUCCCGAUGUCAAGCGGUACCUCAAAGGUGAAGAUGGAAGAGGGUGGGAAACAAUGCGAAAGGUGGUAUUGGAGGUCCCAGAUGAAGCUGCCUUAAAAUCGUUGGCGAGCAAAAUUGACGAUAUGGCGAAUCCUGUCGGGUACCAUAUGUGGAUCGAGCAGCCAGAGAACACACCCACCGCACUCGCGCUCGUACCAAACAAACGGCCCAAAGGCCUCAAACGAGCCUUUGACGAAGUAGGCUGUGAGCUGUUCAAGUGAUCCAACGUGCAACCUAUAAAGUGUAGGAUGCAUGUAUACGGUUUAUUUAUCCCCGUCGUUCCAUCUCCAGGUGACUACCCUUGUCUGGAUGCUGUUCGUUGAAUGAUCUUUCUACGGCCCUUUUCACGACGACAUAUAAAAC